CAUCUUAACAAUGCACUACACCGCGCGGGAAAGAUUUUUGCAGCUCAUUCAUCGUAGCCGCGGCAGCAGCGCCUUGAAGCAAGACAUUAUCGAUACAGCCACGACUAUCUCUAAAACACCACAGCCUCCAUCUGUAGUGCAGCAGCAUCCAAGGAUUUACGACUACGGUGUCUUAGUCCUUGGUAUCACAGAGGAUGAAAUCCCAACUGUUCUUGACAACAUAAGCGGGAAACCACCUGAUGACCCGUAUGCUCAAACGACAAGCUCCCGGGUUAAAUAUCAUGUAGACGGCAAUAUAGUCCUUCUGGAUUACUUUGGACCUGACGAAACGGUGUACACCGCAAUACUUGAACAAUGUAUGCGAACCGCAAAUGGAUUCAUGUUUCUUUAUAAUAUUGCAAGUAGAGAGGGGUUUGAGCAGAUACGGCCGAGAUACAGUGACGCACUGAGAUUUCAGAGAGAACCGUAUGGGCGUAAACCCCUCUCUUUCUCUCUCCCCGCUAUCAUCAUCGGCUAUAAUAAUGGCAAGGAGGAAGAGCGCGAGGUGCCAAAGGAGAAAGGCGAGUUGCUUGCACGAGAGUUGGGGUGUAAAUUUGUAGAGAUAGAGAAGUUGGAAAAGAAUGGAAGGGACGCGGUGCAUAUAUUGAUUAAAGAGAUGAUAAAGGGUGAAGAGUUGUCACCGUCAAGAAGUGAGACUGAGGAGAAGGGGGCAACGGAAGGGGAAAUGCAAAGCGAUGUAAAACGUCGAAGCGAGAAGAGAUGGUGGAAGAGACUAAACAGAAAUAAUUAG